AUGAAUUUCAUGGUUUGGAACGUCCGCGGCCUCACGGACGAAUCUAAACUUAUUUUAAAGGAGCACUGUCGCACCUUCUCGCCUUUAAUUUUGGGUAUUAUUGAGCCUAAAGUUGCGUUUAACAGAACUUUCAACAGAUACUGGAAGUCGCUCAAUCUCAUCCCUUGUUUUCAGAAUUCGAGAUUGAAUAUGUGUUCUAACAUUUGGAUUUUUUCACAACCUGACGUUAGUACUGACGUGAUUUUUGCCUCUGAUCAGGUUGUUAUUGUGGAUUGUGUGUGGAAAACACGUGAUUUUAGGGUUGCUUGUGUGCAUGGGGCGUCGACGCAUGUGGAUAGACGCAAGCUGUGGAUUGAUAUUCUCACUUUUGCUACCAAUAAGUAUGUGGUUUUGGGGGACUUUAACGCUGUGAAAGGUGCACAUGAGAGGAGCAGCAUUUGCCGUCCCAAUGCUGCUUCUUGUGGGGAAUUCUGUGCUUUUAUUGAUACUCUCGGGUGCAUUGAGUCUCCUACGGUCGGUUUGAAGUAUACGUGGUUGGGAAGAAGGUUCAUGCCGUCGCAUGUGGAGUCGACGCUUGACAGAGUUUUCUUUUCGGAUAGUUUUGCUGAGGAGUGGCAUACUAUUUUUACGCAGGUUUUGCCUAGAGUCACCUCCGACCACUCGCCGAUUAUCUUAGUUUGUCAUUCGGCUCCCCUUUCUGGUCGAAGGUUCUUCAGGUUUCUGGACAUGUGGACUUUACAUCCGGACUUCCUCGAGAUGGUUAAGCGGUCUUGGGCGAGUGAUUUGAUUAACACCUGCCCUAUUUUCACGGUCAUGGCUAAGUUGAAAAGGUUGAGAAAAGAUUUACGGCUUUGGAACAAGAAUACUUUUGGGCACGUGGACAAGCUCCUUAUGGAAAGGCAGCAAGAGCUGCUGGAGAUACAGGAGCGUAUCGCUUCUGAGGGUUACACCGAGGAUUUGUUCGAUAAGGAGGUGAGAGCACAAGCCAGCAUCAAUACUUCCCUUUCUUGUCUGUUGCAGCAGAAGAGCAGAGUGAAGUGGUUACAUGAUGGAGAUUGUAAUACUACUUUCUUUCACAACAUGCUCAGGUUUAAAAGGAAGCCUCACUUUAUUUCGCAGCUGCAGAUUGAUGGAGCGGCUUGUGUUGAUCAAGCUGAUAUUAGCAGACAUAUUGUGGGUUAUUUCUCGUCCCUUUUUACUGAAGAUAGGCAAGCGCAGGCUUCUAUUGUUGAUGUCGAGGCGGUAUUGGAUCAUAUCAUCACGGAUCAGGAUAAUGAGAUGUUGUCUCGAAUUCCGAAUGAAGAGGAGAUUACGGUUGCGGUGUUUCAGUUGGAUUCUCACAGCUCUCCCGGUCCUGAUGGUUUCUCUGGCAGAUUUUUCCAUGCUUGUUGGGAUAUUAUUAAGGUGGAUGUUUGGAAAGCUGUAGCCACCUUUUUCACUCGUUCUUAUCUCCCGAAUGGGUGUAACUCGAAUACUCUUAUCCUCAUCCCAAAGAAUGAGUCGGUUUCCACUGUGGCGGAUCUUAGGCCCAUUAUUCUCUCGAAUUUUCUCUUCAAAAUUAUUUCGAAUGUCUUAGCGGUGAGACUAAAUUCGGUGGCGGAGCACUCGAUUUCUAGUAAUCAAUUUGGUUUCAUUAGCGGGAGAUCUAUUCAUGAUUGUAUCAUGCUUGGCUCUGAGGGGAUAAAUUGUUUAAAUCGCUCUUGCGGUGGGCAGAAUAUGGCGUGUAAAGUGGAUAUCACCAAGGCUUUUGAUACGCUGCGUUGGGAUUUUUUAAUCAAUGUUCUCACGGUUUGUGGUUAUAAUCAGCGUUUCAUUGGUUGGAUUGAGAUCAUUCUCAAGUCGGCUCGUCUCUCCAUCCUGUACAACGGGGAGCUCUGUGGCUACUUUGGGUGCUCUAGAGGGGUCAGGCAAGGUGAUCCGCUAUCGCCCAUUCUUUUUGGCAUCGCUGAGGAUGCUCUCAGCGCGCUGUUUAUUAACUGUCAGAGAUCUGGCCAUCUUGUGCUGAUGCAGUUUAACAGGGGCGUUUCUUUCCCGACGCAUUUGUUUUAUGCGGAUGACAUUCUAAUUUUCUGCAAAGCUACGAAGACGAAUGCCAAGACUCUUCACAAAAUCUUGGAGUACUAUGGUAACAUGUCGGGGCAGACUUUCAGCCCAAUGAAGUCCCACAUAUACUUCUCGGACAAAGUAAUGGCGAAUACUAAGAGGCAGGUGUCGCGCCAUCUGCCCCUUGCUACGGGCUCCCUGCCUUUCACGUAUCUGGGGGUUCCUAUUUUUCGUGGUAAGCCGAAAGCGUCUCAUUUGCGUUCUAUUCAUGACCGUAUUAUCAACAAGUUCGGUCACUGGAAAGGUAUCCAGCUGUCUAUGGCGGGUAGAUUGUGUUUAAUCAAGUCGGUUAUUAGUAGCUCUCUUACUCAUUCUAUGCUGGUGUAUCGUUGGCCUCAUGAUUUAUUGAAAAGCCUUGACUCGAGCUGCAGAAAUUUCCUUUGGAAUGGGGAUAUCCGGAAAAAGCCGGUGUGUUCUGUUAGUUGGGACCGUGUCUGUUCUAUAAAGUCGGAAGGUGGUCUGGGCGUGAGAUCGUUCAAAACGAUGAACAAGUGUUUCCUUAUGAAAAUGGCUUGGAAGGUGAUUGAGGGGAACAGUUUUGGUUAUGAUAUUUUGAAGCAACGUUACUUGACUCCACAUUGCUCGAUUAAAAGCGUGACUGCGUCAUCUGUUUGGCUUGGGCUCAGGGGUCAGAUCGGGGAGCUGGUUGCUGAUUCUUAUAGCUAUAUUGGCAAUGGAAUGGAGACUCUCUUUUGGAUGGACGAUUGGCUCGGGUAUCGGCUUGUGGACAAGUGCGGGGUUCCUUGUUUCUUGAGAGAUAAUCUUGAUCAUACUGUUGCGGAUUACUUCUUUGAUGGGAUUUGGCAUUUUACUCCAGAAUUUGUCAACACCUUCCCUCAAAUUGUGUGCGAUAUUCUUCUUGUUCCUAUGGGUGAUUCGGAUACGAGAUUCUGGAAGCCUUCUCUGGAGGGAAAAGUCACGUCGGCUUUAGCUUUUGCACAUCAUGGGCAGAAGUUUCCGCAGGUUUCCUGGGGUUCUUGGAUUUGGGAACCUUUUAUUCCUGUUCGCCGCUCGUUGGUUUGCUGGCGCCUUCUUCAUGAUAGAAUGCCUACCUAUGACCGUCUGAUCAGAAAUGGGCUUGUUACUCCCAAUUGGUGCCCGAUUUGUAGGAGCAAUGAGGAGACCGUGGAUCACACCUUUUGGAACUAUGCACCUGUUCGAAAAGUGUGGGAGGUUUUCUUAACCUGGUUUAACUUCCCGCAAGGUCUUUAUGAACUGGACAUCAAAAGUUUUCUGGUGACUGCGUGGAAUAGGAAGUCUAGUUCUCAGGUGCAGAAGUUCUGGAAGGCUGGUAUCAUUACGAUUAUUUGGGCGGUUUGGACGCAGCGUAACAGUUGUAUCUUUGAUGACAAGCAAUUCUCUUAUAGACAUGUUUUGCAUUUGGCUAAAGUUGCUUUCGUCGAGAUGGAGCAGAAUUUCAAGCAUUUGGGUCAUAUGAAUAAUGAGUGGUCGGAUUAUGUGAUUCUGCGUGAGAUAGGUGUGAAGGGUCGAACUGCGCCACCUCCAAAGCUCAUCUCGGUGAGCUGGUGGCCUCCCUCCACUGCUUGGAUGAAGGUCAAUACCGACGGGUCGGCUCUGGGGGCGCCAGGGGCUAUUGGUGUUGGAGGCAUUUUCAGAGAUAACUGGGGUUGGGUUAGAGGCUGUUUUCACUAUAAGCAGGGCACUGGCUAUGCGUUUGAGGCUGAGCUAAUGGCGGUGAUCAUUGCUAUUAGGAUUGCUCAUGCGAGAGGCUGGCUUCGUCUUUGGAUGGAAGCUGAUUCGACUUAUGUUGUGAGUCUUCUUCAAGAAAGAUCAAAUAAGUACGUAUGGAUAUGUGUUCUCACUCGCAUGUUCGAGUUGCGUGAUUUGCUGAGGCGUGUUGCUUCUCUCGAGUCUUGGUUGCACAAGUGGUGGAGUGCUACUGUUGAGAGGAGCUGUCUUCGGGGCGAUCUCAGGGAGGAGACGACGACUAUUGUGGCGGCUGAUCAGGUUGGGCUUGAGGAGCGCUUCUUGACGAAGCUGCAGGCGGGGGCUGCUCUCGUUCAUCGCAGGGUGGUGGCGGAUGUUUCGGGUUGGAGGUUUGCGGCGGUGUGGGUGAGGAUGGAGGAUGUUACUUCGGGUGGGGUUGUUUGGGGCGACACACAACUUUUUUUCAAGCUUUGGGUGAGCUCAGGCUUGGGGUUGUGGGGUGCGUACUCUGUUGGUUGCAAGGCGCCGGGUGGCUCUGGCUUGUGCCCGUCGGCCUUGAAUUUCUUUGUCACCAACUGGACCGUCAUCGUGGAGUUGGUGAUGGGUUUUUUAGCCCGUCGUAGUUGGACGUCGUUUGUCGCUUUGUUUGAUAGUGUUGGGGUUGUUUCGGUUUUUGUUUGGGAUGGCGGAAGGGUCCGAAACUUCUUAGGGGCAAUGGUUAGGUCGGAGCUCCUGAAGUCGUUUCACCUUUCGUUGCCUGUUUUGUUUGUGUCUUUUUCGCUGGUUGUUCGUAGACGGCUGAGGACCGGCGAUGGAGGGGAGGCGUACAUUAGCGACAACGGCAACUACAUAAUUGAUCUAUAUUUUGAGAGGGAGAUUGAGGAUUUGAACGAGGCGAGCGAUGGGAUAUCGAGGCUGCAGCUGCCGUGGAUAGUGGAGCACGGGAUGUUCAUCGUGCUGGCGAGCUCGGUGAUGGUCGCCGGCAGUAAUGGCGUGACGGUGAAGACGAAGAAGAAGGGGGUCGAUUCUUUCAGUUACAGUGAUUUGUGGAAUGGGUUUUGGGAUUCUUAA